CUUGCGGACGUCAUCAGUAUAUCAGUAUGCUAUGUAUAUCGACGUUGUAUGUAUGUAUAUAAUCGGCUGUGUAGGAUGUCUUGCUGAGAUUUGAACAGUUCUAUUCCAUUGUUCUGCCAAUAUUCAUUCCAAUAUGUUACGGACAGGUGCUAUCUAUUAUGUUGUGCUAUUUAUUUGCUCAUUAAUUGGGGUUAUAAAUGGUUAUGCGAUUAAUCCUGAAGAGAAGUCGGAUGGAGACUUCAUUACUCCUCACUACACACAUUACGAGGAACUUAAGAAGUUGUUCAAUACCUUGUCCGAGAAGUAUCCUAAUUUGGCGAGAGUGUUCUCCAUAGGGAAGUCCGUGGAAGGCAGAGAUCUGUUGGUUCUCGAAAUCUCCGAGAAUGUCAACCAACGAAAGUUGGGUGAGCCAAUGGUAAAAUAUGUUGCCAAUAUGCACGGUGAUGAAGCUGUCGGCAGAGAAUUGUUGGUUUAUCUUGCUCAAUAUCUCCUGCACAAUUAUGGAAAAGAUGAGCGAAUUACGAAGUUGGUGAACAACACCGAUAUCUUCCUUAUGCCAUCUAUGAAUCCUGAUGGCUUUGAAAAAUCAGAGGAAGGGAAAUGUGACUCGAAGAAAGAUUUCUCAGGACGCGAGAAUGCAAAUCAUAUCGAUUUGAAUCGAGACUUUCCAGACCAGUUCGAUAGGAGAACCAGUCAACUACAAAAAGGUGGUAACAUACUGGAUGGACGUCAGAAUGAAACAAUAGCUGUGAUGACAUGGAUAGCUAAGGAACCUUUUGUGUUGUCCGGAAAUCUUCAUGGAGGGGCUGUCGUAGCCAGUUAUCCAUAUGAUUCUGGAAUUUCAAGAACCUGUUGUAUCGAAAGUAAAAGUCCAGAUGACGAACUGUUCAAAUAUUUAGCCCAUGUGUAUGCAGAUAAUCACCCACAAAUGCAUACAGGCAAUGCUUGUCGUCCAGACAAUUUUGCAGGUGGUGUUACCAAUGGAGCUUAUUGGUACGAAGUGAUCGGUGGUAUGCAAGAUUUCAAUUAUGCUGGUUCUAAUGCAUUUGAGAUCACAUUUGAACUUAGUUGUUGUAAAUAUCCACAUGCUUCAACGAUGCCAGAAUAUUGGAUGUUAAAUAAGGAGUCUCUUAUAAAGUAUUUUGAACAAGCACAUAUCGGAGUAAAAGGGCUUGUACGAGAUACUGAUGGUCAACUGUUAGAAGCAGCUAAUAUCAUUGUAGAAGGAAUUGACCAUAAUAUUUCGACAACAAAUCGUGGAGAAUACUGGCGUCUAUUACUGCCCGGGACUUACUUAAUUCAUGCAGAGUCAUGGGGAUAUCAACCAAGUAAAACAGUAAGAGUUACAGUAAACUCAGGUGAACCAACUAUUGUCAAUUUUACUUUGAAACAGGAUUCCUUUGAUGAUCAAGGCAAAUUAAGUUCAUCUAAAGUUGAAAAAAUAGUAAGACCUAUAGAUGAAUAUGGAUUCUUACACGAUACCAAAUUUAAGCAUCACAAUUAUGUAAAAAUGGAAAAAUAUUUGAAGGAUUUAAACGGAAAUUACCCCAAUAUUACAAGACUCUAUAGUAUAGGAAAAUCAGUCAAGGGACGUAAAUUAUAUGUGAUGGAAAUAACAGAAAAUCCUGGAAAACAUAGUCCAAAUAAACCAGAAGUGAAAUAUAUAGGAAAUAUGCAUGGAAACGAAGUUGUUGGCAGAGAAAUUUUAUUGUUGUUAUUAAGAUACCUCUGCGAAAAUUAUGAAAGUAAUGAAAGAGUUACAAAAAUACUAAAAAAUGUCAGAUUACAUGUAAUGCCAAGUAUGAAUCCAGAUGGAUAUGAAAUUUCUCAAGAAGGAGACGUGUCUGGAGGGCAUGGAAGAUCAAAUGCUAGGGGUGUUGACCUUAACAGAAACUUUCCUGAUCAGUAUGGAAUAAAUGAAUUAAAUGGUAAACAAGAACCUGAAACAAAAGCGGUAAUGAAUUGGAUCGCAGAAAUUCCAUUCGUACUUUCUGCUAAUUUUCAUGGGGGAACAUUGGUAGCAAAUUAUCCAUACGAUAAUACGCCACAGUAUGCACCUAAUGUUCCAAAUGUGAGUCCAGAUGAUGCUGUCUUCAAAGCAUUAGCACUAGCAUACUCAAACGCUCAUCCCCGUAUGCACCUUGGUGAACCUUGUCCACCGCUUCCAAAUGAACAACUUAAUAUGCCAAGUUUGCUCGAGGAACAAUUCCCAGAUGGAAUAACUAAUGGAGCUGCCUGGUACUCCGUGAGUGGAGGAAUGCAGGACUACAAUUACCUUCACAGCAAUGAUUUUGAGAUUACGUUAGAAGUUGGGUGCACAAAGUUCCCAAAUAGUACUGAAUUGCCAACAUUUUGGUUGCAAAAUAGGGAACCUCUAUUACGUCUUAUUGAAAUGUCUCGAAAAGGUGUACACGGCAUAGUACGUUCAUCAAUCGGCACCCCUAUACCUCAUGCCAAAAUAUCUGUGGAUGGAAUUAAACAUGAUAUCCACGCAGCCGAAGGUGGUGAUUAUUGGCGGCUUUUGGUUCCAGGAAAAUACAAUAUUACAGUUAGUGCAGUAGGAUAUGAACCACAGACGCAGAGCGUAAUUGUACCCGAGGGAGAUAAUAUGGGUGAAGGAGAAACGACAUUGGACUUCUCAUUAAUGCGUGAUGAUCCUCAGCAUUGGUCAUCUGCAUAUGAUUUCGGUUUAAUAGCAAAUUUACAGAAUGUAUACUUAAAAAAUGCAGAAUUAAAUGCCCGGUUCAGUGAAUUAGAAAGUCAUCAACCAAACACUGCCGAAUUUGAAGCUGGAAGCUCAUUAAUUAACAUGGCUAUUCAUUCGUUAAAAAUUACCCACGAUAUGGGAGCACCGGAAGAAAACAAAUUUCACAUCGGUUUAAUUGGGGGCCUAUUUGCUUCCCAACCAGUGGGUAGAGAAAUUCUACUACGUUUAGCUACGCAUAUUCUUAUGGGAAAUCAAAUUGGAGAUCCUCCUAUACAGCGGAUAUUAAAUAAUUCUGUUCUACAUAUUAUCCCCGGUGUAGAUCCAGGUUUUGAUAAUAUAGUUGAUAAUCAAGAAUGCAAUCCCAUAGUGAAAGGCGAAGUUGGCGAGGAAAUCUUGCACAAACGCACCACAACUUCUGAUCAGAUAAAUUCAGUUAGCAGCGCAUUUAAGAAAAUGAUAACUAAUGAAGAAUAUGAUGUGAUCAUUAUAUUAGGAAGUGGAGCGCGUAAAGUUAGUUAUACAGACAAUAAAUUGCAUGUGUAUAAAACGCUCGCCGAAAAUUAUGAACAUUCAAUGCACAAAAGGACGUGUAAUAUUCUUAAUAGCGAAGUUAAAGAAGUGCAAGAUUAUAUUCAGAAUGAAUAUAAUAUUCCUGUAAUGAGUAUCAACAUGGAUUGUUGCAAGUAUCCACCCGCCGCAUCUAUUCCAAUUAUUUGGCGAGAAAAUUUACUGCCUCUGAUGCAACUUGUUCAUAGCUUAUCAACUGGUGUUCGGGCAAUGGUAACGGAUGUUAAUAAUGUUCCUUUGAGAGAAGCUGUAGUUAAAAACGGAAUGAUGCAAUAUGAAGUUUCGAAGAAUAUGGCUUACUUUAAGACUAUUCUACUUCCUGGUGAAUAUACGUUCGUAUUCACCUGUGAAGGAUACGUGGAGCAAUCUGUAAACGUUCAUGUGGAGAACGAAAAUAUAAUUGAUCUUACUGUUAAGCUGAUAAAAAGUAAUACAGACUUGGAGAAAUAUGAAGAAGAUAAUGAAGAUUCUGAGCCAAAUGCUUUGAACAAAGCUUUAACUGAGCUAAAUGAUAAGUAUUCACAAUUGUCUAUUUUGCACACUAUGGGAAGAUCGGAAAAGGGUAUUCGCAUAAUGUAUUUAGAGAUUGGUGCUGAAAAUAAUUACAAACGAAUAGGCCGUCCGUCAAUUGCAUUUGUAGCUGGUGUUACUAAUGGCAUACAGGUGACGUCCAAAGUCUUGCUACAUUUCGCUACAUAUCUCUUGGACCAUUAUAGAAAAAAUACUACUGUUACAAAUUACUUAGAUAAGUACACAAUAUAUAUUGUCCCAGAUUUCACUCAAAGUCCUAAUAAGAACCUAUCGUGCUCUUCCCUUGUCGUUGAUAAUCUACAAUUUCCUAUUAAAACAAAGCUUUCUAGCGAAGCAAGUAUAGUAAUUAAUUGGUUCAAGAAAGUUAAUCCAAUGCUAGCAAUCAAUUUAAAUAUUGGUGCCCAACAUAUCGAAAUUCCCUUUGCGAGAAAAUAUGGUAAAACACCGGAACACGUGUAUGAAACUGAUGAUGAUGCUGUACUACAAGAUUUAGUAACUAGCUACAUAAAACACAAUGUUCAUAUGAAUUCAAACAAUUCAAUCUGUGAUCAUGGGUUAAAUACAAAUAUUAAUGGCGUUAUUCAUGCUGGAAAUGGAAUUGGUGGGAAGAGAGAACAUUCCUUAGUGGAUUAUAUUUACUUAAAUACUAGUACUUUGAUGAUAGAUGCAUACAUUACAUGUUGUGCUACAGAUGAUUCAAGAAACGUAUUUGAAGAUAAUAAAGAUAGUUUCUUGGCUAUGGUAGAUAAGCUGAACAACGGAGUGAAGGGAUUUGUUCUUACAAAGAAUAACGAACCAGUGGAGAAUGCUAUUUUAUCAUGCAAUAAUUCUGUACACCAUGUUAAAAGUGGAAUAAAUGGAGCCUACUGGCUUCUACUUCAACCUGGAACUCAUGUUAUAACCGCCAAAGCAAAUGGUUACAUUCCACAGACUAAAGUUUUCGUUACAACAGAUAUACAUAGUAUUUCAAAUUUAAUAUUUAAAUUAAGGUAUAACGACAAGUUCCUAGGAAUGCCCAGAAUUGUCUUCAUUAUACUUAUAAGUACUAUAUGCUUUGGAAUUAUUACUUGUGCUGUGUUCUUGUAUGCAAACUGUACAUCUUCUGAACAGUCACAUAAAAAUAAUCGAAGCGGAUACGCAUUCAGUUUACUUAAAGACGGAACAAGCUUUUUUGAUGAUGAUGAGAAAGAAAUUGAAAUAUUUAGAAGGCCAGCAAAUGGACAUAUGCAAACGAAUGAAGUAACAAAACCGUAUUUUGAUGAUGACAAUAUAUCUAGUUCUGAUGAUGCCAGUGAUUUAGAAUUUAUUGCACCAGGUCAAGUUCAAUGGGAAGACAAAACACCAACAGAA